AUGUAUCGGCGGCCGCUGCAGUCUGCCGUCAGAAAUGUUAUCAAUUUGACAGCGUCCAGAGCUGCCGUCGGAAAGGUGUUAGAUCAAGAAGCAUGUUUUGCCAGAGCUUUAGUAGCCUGCGAGCUGGCCAAAGCCUCCUCCCCCUGUGUAACACCAUGCCGGACACUGCACAUUACCACACAGCUCUACAAUGUGAAGGAAACGCCCCAGCACACAGAAGAAGAAGUCGGGGCCUUCACCAAGCUCAUUGAGGCCAUGGGCUUCACAGGACCCCUCAAAUACAACAAAUGGAAAAUCAAGAUUGCUGCCUUGCGCAUGUACACGUGCUGUGUAGAGAGAAUCAAUUAUGAUGAGUUCUUUGAAAAAUGCUCCCUCCCUGACACACUCAACUCUUGGUUCCUGGUCGCACAGCUGCAUGUAUGGAUGUGUUUGGUCCGAAUGCGGCAGGAGGGCAGAGCAGGAAAGUACAUGUGCCGUUACAUUGUCCACUCCAUGUGGGAGGAUGUCGAGCAGAGGAGCAAGAUCAUGGGGAUUGAUGCCAUCCACAGGAAGGAAAGCAUGAAAGCAAUGACAGAGACCUUCUACGCAGCUAUAUUUGGAUAUGACGAGGGAAUCCUGUCUGAUGACUGUGUGCUAGCAGCGGCUCUGUGGAGAAACCUGUUCAAUCGUCAGUGCGAAGACCCCAAACAGCUCGAGCUCAUGGUGGAGUACGUGCGCAAACAGAUGCAGUACAUUGAUGCCCUGGAUGGGGAGGACCUGCUGCUGACAGGAGAAGUGAAGUGGCGCCCUCUAGUGGAGGAGAAUGCACAGAGCAUCCUCAAGGUGGCCACACCCACGUACAAUGAUGCUGGACUCUGAGUCUGACACGGACUCCCUUUUCUCCCACCCUUUUGCUUCUCACUGCCCCCAACCCUUACCACACACACACACACACACACACACACACACUUAAAGAGCCUAUAAUCAUCAUAGCUUCCAAGAUGGAGCACCAUACUGUUUUUCCUUUUCCCUCUCUCUUUUCCCUCUCCCCUCAUCCAUUAAAAAGGUGGGAUUUUAAAGCAGAAAUAGAGUCUCUGUCCUCGCUCCACCUCUGUCCCUGUCCCUGUCCCUCUCCUCUCCUGCCUCAUCUCCUUUUCAGUCCCUCCCUUGUGGGAACAGGACCCUAAAAUCGACAGAUUGAGCUUCUCUGUUUUAUCUUGUCUUCGUCUCCUUUCCCUGCUCUGCUUCUUUGCCACUUAAGGGGUACAAGAAGACAAGAUUUUUUUCUCAACUUUCCUGUUCAUGUCUUUCCCUUGCUGUUUCUCCUCCUUUCAUCACCAAAUACACAUCCACUGAGAGUGGGCUCUGAGAAAACCCUCUCUCACACACCUUCCUGUUACUUCUCUCCCACUCCUCCUUUUUCCUCCUUCCUGUCACAGAUGGUUUGCACAGAAUUCCUUUUCUGCUCAAACAGUAUAGGCAGGAUAGACAGUCAGGGAUUUUUUUAACCUGAUUUUUACGCAUAGACACACGCACAGCCUCCUAACCAACCAACCAGCGAACCAAACUAUACGAAAGCAGGACUCACCAUCGUCAUCAUCAUAGUUAUCCUGUCAGUUCUGAAAGCUCCUCCCACUUCCCUUUUCCCCCUGUAAACUGUUGGACUUGCUGUUGAGGAGAAAAAAAAGAAACAUUCACAAGAAGAGAACAAGACGCCACUUCUCUGUAUUUAUAUAUGUCUCGUUUUUUUCUUGAUGCCACUUAUAUUUAUAAAGUAUUUGUAUGUACCUACAGGUUUACACAUUUCUCACAGAGUUGUUACCUAAGACUUCUGACACUGAUCACUGUGGGUAAAAAAAAAGUUUCAUAUACACUAUGCACGGACCCAGUGUUGCCUGGUGACAAGUUAACUGUAAUCAAAAAAAUAAGUUCCUUAUCACUUUGUCAGGAGUCUCAUCACACAACUCUGUUCCUGUCCAUUGACAGUCUGUCUGUUUUUCUGUAAGGUGCCGUUGCUCAUCUGUCUCUCUCGCAGUUUUCCAACGCUCUCAGAACUGUACAGGAAGUUCAGUUGUCCAAGACUUGGAAGUCUUCAGUGUAUGACAAACAUUAAGCUUUUUGUUUUAAAAACUGAAUAAAUAAAAUGUUCUCUGGAUGUAUAAUACAA